CACACACACACACACACACACACACACACACACACACACACUCAGAGGCAGAUCUCUGCUCUCAUGGCUUCUCUCAGCGCUGCGUCCCUCCUGGCUCUGAGCUCCCUGAUCUGUCACCUGGCUGCUUCCUCUGCAGUCCUGAACCUGAGAGCUCGACCUGGAGAUGAUGUCACCCUGAUCUGUCAGGUUCCUGAUGGUGUCAACAUCGAAGCAGUCGAGUGGAGAAGAACUGACCGGAGGGAACUAAAACGUGUCCUCCUUUACCGAGAUGGGCACUUAGAUACAACGAACCAGCAUCCAUCUUUUAAGAACCGGGUGGAGCUCAAAGACAGAGACACGAAGAACGGCGACCUGUCUGUGAUUCUGAAGAACGUGAAGAAGGAGGAGGACAGUGGAACAUACGUGUGUCGCUUUAGAGCUGCUGGUGAUCAUCUAACAGAAAGAGACAUUUUUGCUCCCAUCAGCACCAUCAGGCUGAUGGUUGUAGAUCCAGUCCUGUACCAGACAGCUCAACCUGAAGACGAUGUCACCCUGAGAUGUCAGGCUCCUGAUGGUGUCGACAUAGCAGCAGAGUGGAGCAGAACUGACCUGAAGAAAGAAUCUGUCUUCCUUUACCGAGACGGGCGCAUUGACUCAGAGGACCAGCCUCUGUCUUUUAAGAACCGGGUGGAGCUGAAAGACGGAGAGAUAAAGAACGGCAACCUGUCUGUGAUUCUGAAGAACGUGACGAAGAACGACAGUGGAACAUAUGAGUGUCGCAUUACAGCUUCUGAUGCCAAACACAGCUCGAGAACCAUUAAAGCUCCUCCCAUCUGCACCAUCAGGCUGAUGAUUGUAGAUCCAGUUCCAGCACCUCGACAGUGGAGUCAACUGGCUAUAGUUCUUGCAGUGGCACUGGCUCUUUUUGCUGUGGCUUUUGUGAUAUACAAAAUACUAGAACCAUACAGGAUUAAAUUGAACCUGAACCUGAAAGCUCAUCCUGGAGACGAUGUCACCCUGAGGUGUCAGGCUCGUUGUUGUGUCAACAUAAAAGCAGUAGAGUGGAGCAGACCUGACCUGAAGGAAGAAAAACCUGUUGUCAUUUACCGAGACGGACACAUUGACUCAGAGAACCUGCUUCUGUCUUUUAAGAACCGGGUGGAGCUGAAAGACAAAGAGAUGAAGAACGGCGACCUGUCUGUGAUUCUGAAGAACGUGAAGAAGGAGGACAGUGGAACAUACGAGUUUCGCUUUAAAACUGCUGUUGCCAAAUGUUUGACGAUUAUUUCAACUGAUCUCAUCAGCACCAUCCAGCUGGAGGUUGUAGAUCCAGUCCUGAACCUGAACCUGACAGCUCACCCUGGAGACGAUGUCACCCUGAGGUGUCAGGUUCCUGAUGCUGUCAACAUCACAAUGGUAAAGUGGAGCAGAACUGACCUGAAGGAAGAAGAAUAUGUCCUCCUUUAUCAAGACGGGCGCAUUGUUACAGACCACCAGCCUCUGACUUUUAAGAACCGGGUGGACCUGAAAGACAAAGAGAUGAAGAACGGCGACCUGUCUGUGAUUCUGAAGAACGUGAAGAAGGAGGACAGUGGGACAUACGAGUGUCGCUAUAAAGCUUCUGGUGAUAAAGCUGAUCCCAUCUGCAUCAUCCAGCUGGAGGUUGUAGAUCCAGAGGCUGCAGUUCCUGUACUGGAAGUGGUUGCUGGGGUUCUUUCUGCUGCUGUGACGCGCAGAAAACAAAAACCAAGUGCGGAACACAGAGAGGUGCACAGUGAGGUUGUAUGAGCUCCUGUCAGGAGUGUGUUACGAGUGUGUCAGGAGUGUGUUGUGGUUCUGGAUCCAGAUGCUGCCUCAGCUGAACUGUAGCUGUGUGUGAGUUGGGUGGAGGAGGCCAGCGGGGUCGGCUCGGCUGAUGUCAGGUUGUGUCGAGCUUCACAUGAGAGAAGGACCUUCAGGUCAGUGUGGUGCUGGACCAGUCACCAGUGAAGGUGUGGGAGCUGUUUCUGCUGACUGGAGUCCAUCAUGACCCAGGACUGUUGCAGGUUC